AUAAAAUCCAAAGACACAGGAGCCAUACGCAACCUACUACUCAAAGUCGACCACACAUGACCCAUCUCCUCAAAAAAAAUCUCUCCCUUCUCUCUCUGUUUUUCUGGCACGCUCAUUUGGCUACAACCCAGAAAGGAGCCCUCAAGUCUGCGAUUGCCACUGAAGUGUUUUGAGGCAAUUUCUUCAUACCCUUUGAUUCUCUGAUUAAAGAAGAACAAGGAGGAGAAAAAUGGCAUGUGUAUCCCAGGCAAUGAUAUCAGCAAACACAUGCACAUUCACUUCCCCACGGCUCUUCAAGAAAUGCCUAUCCUUAAAUAGGCAAAAUUUUAAGAUUUUCACCAUUAGAGCUUCCUCUGAUGACCCUGAUUGCAACGAUGAAGAUUGUGCUCCUGAUAAGGAGGUUGGCAAGGUAAGCAUGGAAUGGUUGGCUGGGGAGAAAACCAAAGUGGUUGGAACAUUCCCACCGCGAAGUCGUGGUUGGACUGGAUAUGUUGAGAAGGAUACUGCAGGGCAGAAAAAUAUCUACUCUGUCGAGCCAGCAAUAUAUGUAGCGGAAAGUGCAAUAAGCUCAGGAACUGCAGGUUCUUCUGCUGAUGGAGCUGAAAACACAAAAGCCAUUGCUGCUGGCCUUGCCCUGAUUUCUGUCGCUGCAGCUUCAUUGAUUCUCAUCCAAGUUGGUAAGACCCCAACCGUAACGCAAGCAGUUGAAUACUCUGGACCGGCUCUCAGUUACUAUAUCAACAAGUUCAAGCCACCAGAAAUAGUACAAGCUGCAGUGCCAAGCCAAGGUGAAUCCUCCCCAUCAGUACAGCCGGAGAACUCUGCUUCAGAAGUUCCCCAAAUACAGGUUCAAUCUCAAUUUCGGCCAGCGCCUUCCACUUCAAGUGAGAACAGUAUUUCUUAGGCUAAUAAAGUUGGCUUAAUUUCUUGAAUUUUAGAAACUUGAAGAUUUUCCUUCUAUACUACUUAUGUAUACUAAUCUGAGGUUAUAAAUUGCAUGAAACACAACAAAAUGAAGGGAAACAUGGUUUUGAUUGAGCUGAAAAAUGUGUUCUCCCUAUGCUGCAUGUUAAAAGUUUUUCAUUUGCUCUA